AUCGACUAUCGCCAUGGAAUCUCCAUCCUCGAAUUAAUAGUAUACAUCCCCACCUUAUUCACGGCACUAUGGAUGGCCUUUCGCCAUGGUUUCACACGAAGCUCGGGUUGGAUAUUCUUCGUGAUAUUCUCGUUAGCUCGAAUCAUCGGCUCCUGCUGCUACCUAGCCACCAUCAACGAUCCUACAUCAGUCGAUCUCUAUGUGGCAUGGGCAGUCUGCACAUCCAUCGGAGUCUCGCCUUUAACCUGGGCCUGCAUUGGCCUGUUGUCUCGAGUUAACGACUCGAUCCAACGGAAAUCCGGCCACGCUCUACACCCCCUCCUCUUCAAGGUGACCGGCCUGAUCACCAUCGUAGGCAUGAUCCUGGGCAUCGUGGGCCAAACGAAAAGCACCAGCCCGACGGCAGGACUGUACAACUCCAAGACCAAAGCCGGCUUGGUACUGUACCUCAUCGCAUGGGUCGGCCUCUGCAUCCUGCUGCUCCUCACCUCUCUCCGCUAUCAGUGGAUCGAGGAAGGCGAGCAUCGCCUGCUCCUGGCCGUCGGCAUCUCGAUCCCCUUGCUCUUCGUGCGCAUCCUAUACUCUUUGCUGUCGGCCUUUGCCCAGAAGCCAGAGUUCAGCUCGCUCUCCGGAAACGUCACCAUCCAGCUGUGCAUGUCGGUCCUGGAGGAAAUUGUGAUCGUCUUCGUGUGUCUGGGGAUCGGACUGACGUUGUCUGUUCGG